AUGGUACACCGUAAUAUUGCUUUGAGAAUAGAAGAUUAUGAAGAGUACUUUAAGCAGAAACAUAAGGAUUCCAACUGUGGUUUUGCUGAAGAGUAUGAGGAGUUGAAAACAGUUGGAACGGCACAGUCCAAAAACACUGCCCUGGCUAUUGAAAACAAGCUGAAGAACCGUUACAGCAAUGUGCUACCUUAUGAUGCUUCAAGAGUGAAGUUAUCAAUGUGUGGCAGUCCCUUUGAUGACUACAUCAAUGCCAACUACGUGCCAGGUUACAAUUCAAGAAAAGAGUUUAUAGCAGCUCAGGGUCCACUGCCCACCACAGUGAAUGAAUUCUGGAGAAUGGUCUGGGAGAAGAAUGUCCACACCAUAGUGAUGCUGACCAAAUGCAACGAGAUGGGACGAGUGAAAUGUGAGAAGUACUGG